AUGUCGUUUUUAUUAUUAAAUGGGUAUGGAGAAUCGCUUCAACACUGCAAAAAUUCACUCUAUAAUAUUAUAAACUGCCAAAAAUCUACGAUGAGCAACUUUAAAACUGACAUGAUAAUUCUUUUAUUAUUAUGAAUUGUGGCCCUAAUUAUAUGCAUUUUAAUAACAACCCCAUUUUAUUACACAAUACUUAAGAUAGAAAACAAUCUUUGGAAUACAAUAAGAAAAAAUGUCUAUAGUCACUAUUUUGAGCUAAACGAGCUAAGUUAAGUCACUUAAGAUUAUCGAAAAGCUCCCUGUCAGGGUCCGAAAGCCCUUAUUCCCUUCCAUAAUGCUCCACUCGCCUGCUCGCCAACAACCAUCUCAUGGCGUUCAAAGUCUUGCUCAUACGGACAUGGGCCUGCACAUGCACCCCGUAGUCGGAAAGUUUGGGUCACUGUGCCGUACGUCAACGAAGGUUGCCUGCCUCAAAAUUUCAAAAAUUGAAUUUCUGGCCGACUUUCGGCAAAAGGGUAAAACUUGUAGCCAAGCCCGAAUGGCCUAGAAAGGCUUUGCUGGGCUUCCCCUUUCCAACUCCAAGUCUCCCUUCCCUCGAGGUAAAAUCUAACUCGGAAAAUAGACUAGGGCUAGUUAUCUAGCAUAGCUGUCCAUUUCUUCGCUAGCAAAACCUUGCCGGAUAUAAUUAAAAUAGGGCUCGAUACUGCUUGGCUGAGAGGCCAAGCCAAGUUGAGACGCCAUAUUUUAGUUAUGAGCUAAAAGAAGCAAUUACUGAAAGACUUAAAUAUGCUCAUUUUAGGCAGACGUAA